AUGGACAAGGAGGGCCACAACAAAGACAAGUCCUUCGUGGGCCUGGACAAAAUAAGGGUGCAGCACGCCCAGCAGGUGGCCAAGUUCCAGGAGUGGGCAGACUGCGGCCGGUGGUCCGACUUCCCCAGGAACCACUUCGACUGGUGGGCCUUCCCCAUCGACCUGCCCAGCACCAACUACGGGCUUGCCUACUCGCUCGGUCGCGCCGAUGCCGCCCAACUCCUCGCCGACCCCUCCUUCCUUCCCCUCUACCGCAAAGGCACCUUCUUCCCUAAAUCUUGCGUGGAGUUGAUCGCGUUGUCGUGGGGUUGGGACAUCGAACGCCAGCAGCCCGUCACCAACCCAGGCAAGCAGCAGCAAUGGGGACGACAUGACAUUCGACUGCGGAAGGUGGGCCAGUCGCUCCUUCUGUUCGGCCAGUCGGACCUCCACGCCUCCCUGGACAGGUUUGUGGCCCACCUGGAGAAGGACGAGGGCUUCAGCUUUGACACGGCCUCCACCGCCAUCCGAGGGGACUGGCCGUUCACGGCUGGCCGGGGAGCAGCGGCCUAG